AUGGCUCCUAUCAAGGCUGGGGACAGUUUCCCUCCCGAUGUCAAAUUCUCAUACGUCCCGUGGACCAAAGAGAAUGGAGAGAUCACCGCCUGUGGCCUACCGCAGCCAUAUGAUGCUUCCAAGGAAUGGGCAAAUAAGAAAGUGGUCCUGUUCUCUGUUCCAGGCGCAUUCACGCCCAGCUGUUCCAUCAGCCAUCUUCCCGGAUACAUCAAGCUCCUCAAUGACUUCAAGGCCAACGGUGUCGACAUCGUCGCUGUCAUUGCAUAUAACGACCCGUUCGUCAUGAGCGCGUGGGGGAAGGCCAAUAAUAUCAAAGGAGACGACAUUCUCUUCCUGAGCGAUACGGACACUGCGUUCUCCAAGAGCAUUGGCUGGACUCUGGGUGAGCGAACUGCUCGAUAUGCUCUCAUCAUUGACCACGGUACGGUGACCUAUGCUGAGAAAGAGCCUGCGAAGGGAGUUACGGUUUCGAGUGCCGAAACUGUCCUGUCCAAGCUAUAG